CAAAAUCACCCAUCUUAGACAGAUUACAUUAGAGAGAGAGAGAAUCUAAAGUUUGAAGGAUGGUGAAUUACGUGCUUCAGAUCACCGCCGACCUCGAGAACCUCACUGACCUUCAGCCCCAGGGCGGCUGCGACGACCCCAACUUCUCCUUUCUCUUCAAGUUGAAAUGUGGAAGAUGUGGAGAGGUGAGCCAAAAAGAAACUUGUGUUGUAUUGAAUGAUAGCGUUCCUCUCCCAGUCGGUAAGGGAACAACUCAUCUCAUUCAGAAGUGCAAGUUUUGUGGGAGGGAUGGCACUGUCACAAUGGUCCCAGGUCGCGGUCGUCCGCUCACUCAAGAAACCAGUGAAUCGGGGAAGUUUUCCCCCUUGAUGUUAUUUGAUUGCAGGGGUUAUGAGCCGGUGAGCUACGCCUUUGCUGAUGGAUGGAGAGCUGUGUCCUUGGAGGGCACAACAUUUGAAGAAAUUGACUUAUCAGGAGGGGAGUUUGCAGAGUAUGACGAGAAGGGAGAGUGCCCAGUUAUGAUUUCCAAUCUCCGAGCUACUUUUGAAGUGGUGAAGUUGUAAAUUAUGCGUCUCAUUUGUCUUGGUAUAUAAAUUAACAGCCUCCUCCUGAAUGAGGCAUAAACACUUAUGGACUGCUUUGUGUAUUGUUGGCAUGAAACAAUAAAUGGAGUCACUUUUUAUAAAUUCUUCUUUUUAUUGUCA